AUCUUAUUUAUCCAUCAUUUCUCCAUCUAUUGACAGAGCCAUCGAUCGUCAUCUAUUGGUCCAACGAUAUUUUCAUUUUCAUCCAUUCAUUUUUCGACAAAGUAUCUAUCUGGCUAUCUGUCCAAUUUUAAACAAUAACGAGCAAUAUUGGAUCAUAUGUGCCAUGCCAUCUCUUGCCGAUCAGAGAAUUUUCCAAUGAGAUUGAACCGAUGGCAUCCCAGCAUCUAGCGCGAUUGCAGUCAUAUGCUAUGAUUAAAUUACAAGACUUUUCUCAGCUACAUUUACUGCGUUAAUGUAGCGAUUUGUUCGAGAAAUGUGAAUGAGACGUACUUUUUACUUUGAGUGAAGAAGAAACGCUGUGUUUUACUCUUUCAAGAUGGAGGAUUUUUUUGUGUGUGGGGAGCUCUGUGUGUGAGCGUGUUGUAGAGGUAAUUGCACUUACGAGUGGUGUUCUCUCUCUCUCUCUCUCUCUCUCUCUCUCUCUCUCUCUCUCUCUCUCUCUCUCUCUCUCUCUCUCUCUCUCUCUCUCUCUCUCUCUCUCUCCCUCUCUCUCUCCACGUCCGGUUGUCAGAAUACUUGAUUAAAAAAAAGUCCAAACAGUUUGAGAACAAGUUCGGAGAAGAAGAAGCUCCAAGGAGGAGAAACUUUCGGGUACUGUGAACCGCUACCACUGGUAUCCACGUUGAGAUGCACUGAGAGGACCGCCAAUAAUUUUAGCGGCCAUUCCGCAAGCUCACUUUAAGAAGACAUGCAACGCAGGCCGGUGUGCGCCGGCUGCCGCAGGCCGAUCUCGGACAAGUUCCUGCUGCAGGUGGCGGACGGCCUCCGGCAUGAGGGGUGUGCGCGCUGCUCCGCGUGCGGGGACGCGCUGCGGGACUCGUGCUUCGUGCGGGAGCAGCGACUCUACUGCAAGCGGGACUAUGCAGAGCUGUUUGCAGUGCGCUGCGGGGGCUGUUACGAGGGCAUCUCUCCGACAGAGCUGGUGCUGCGUGCCGGGCCCGCUGUCUUCCACCUGCGUUGCUUCACCUGCAGCGUGUGCUCCGCCCCCAUGAGGACCGGAGACCGCUGCGUGGUCAGGGAGGGCCUGCUUGUCUGCGCCAAGGAAGACUACCACCGGCGUGUGGCCAGCCCGACUUCAUCUGACACGGGCAAAAGUGACGAUGCAGACGAAGAAGAGGAUGAGGAGGAGGACUCAGGGAGGGUCACAAGUCGACGAAUCAAAUCAGAUGAGCAGGAAAGUAAACGUCCCAAAAGGCCUCGCACUAUUUUGACCACUCAGCAAAGACGGAUUUUCAAAGCCUCUUUUGAGGUUUCAUCCAAGCCGUGUCGAAAGGUACGGGAGACCUUGGCAGCAGACACUGGCCUUACUGUCCGGGUUGUGCAAGUCUGGUUCCAGAACCAAAGAGCCAAGAUGAAGAAACUGGCUCGGAGACAACAGCAGCAGGAACAGGAGCAGCCGACUGAAGAGCAGCAGGAACAGCCAUCGCGUCACAAAGCGCCCCCCAAUGGUGAGCCUACCUCAAAGUUGGAGCACCUGGGGUCUCCCUACUCUCACGUCCAGCAGCAGCAGAUGGGAUUCACAAGAGUGGAGCAGCAAGACUUUGACCUGGACCCCUUCAGACAGGGCCUGACUCCACCUCAGAUGCCAGGGGAUCACAUGCACCCCUACGGUUUCACUGCCCUUUACAGCGACGUGGUCGACACCGUCUGCUUGUCAUUGGGCGACAACACGUCACUCCUCACCCCCAUGGACUGCCUGUACUCCAUGCAGGACUCUUACUUCACCUCCUGAAGGACAACCCUCAUCACAUACGCUUAUUAUUUAUCCUCAUGGACCGCGCGCAAACUCGAAGAGGACAAACCGGUGCGCAAAUGGAUACACUGUGACACUCAUGCAAUACCCCAGUACAUCCGGGUACUCACGCUCAAGUCCUGUCAUGAUUUGCAACACACUUUUUUUUUACUGUCCGACCUCUCUACUAUGCUUGAACGCCACGUUACGAGAUUACAACGGAUGUGAAUAACUGACUGAAUGUGUAUUUAUUCUUGUAGAGUGUGUUCAUUUUGAAUGGAUGAAUCAUGUAUGAUCAAUAAAAAGUGACUCUGGAAUACCGUGUCAUAUGCCGAUUAGAGUGAAACUGCUCAAGUCA